AUGGACAUCGACGAUAAUGACCUCGGGAAUGUCAGCUCCCUCGGCUUGGGUCGAAUAUUGACCGAGUCUGGUGUCGAUCCGGCCUCGCUCGACAGCUUCUUUGGGCGCUCCGCCGCGACUGCUCAAAUAGCUCAAGUAGAAGCCGAGUCAGAUGACGAUGCCAAGUAUAUGGACGACGUCUCGGAUAGCGAACUACCAGAGGAAAACGAUGAGGAGAAGCAAAGGAGGCAGCAGCAACAGGUGGAGAAUAAGGCGGCAGAGGAUCGGUAUAUGAAAAGGGCCAUGGAGAUGCAGCGGCAGAUGCUGGAAUCAGGAGUGAAGGUGAAAAAGGAAAAAGAGCAAGUGGACGAAUCUACCAAAGUCAAACAGAUAUGGCCAGAGUUUGAGCCGGGAAAACCACUCAAAAUGUCGGAAAUCUUCUAUGAGACUCCAUCAGCUACCCGUGCCUACGAGGCCAACCUCUCACGCAAAAAGCGAAGGCGAAUGGAGGACACUGAUGCUUUUAAUUUCUUCGUUCAACCUCGUCCUCCUAGUCCUUCCUCCAUCUUCCAACUGUCAUCCCUUCCCGAAAUUGAUCUCGCUGGACCCAGCAAGUCGAGCUAUGAGACCAAGCUCGGAGCCAACUUUGACCGGCAGUGGGUCAGAGAGGCAAAAGCUCAUCGACGGUCGCUCAUCUCUGUACCACCACCUGGGAUAGAUCCGACGUUUGCCGAACACGAGAAUAUGUCACUGAGACAAAAGGGUCCGAGGCCGCUCGAUUAUGCUAAAUGGGAGAAAGACAUCAUAAUGUGCUCACUGGACCCGGUGCCUAAAAAAUCAGUGCCGGACAUAAUGGCUCCACGUAACUAUACGCUUGAGUCCGGGGAGUGGUUGAAAGGGAUCAUCUGGGAUUCUCGACGCAUAUCUCCGGGAAUCAUGGAGAGUGAUGAGGAAGACCAGGAAGAGAGUCAAACUCGGAACAAACCACCAGUGGAUGCCAAUAGUAAACUGGAUCCAUUCAACAUCUCCAACGAUCACCUAUACGAACAUUCUCGGGAGUCCAGGUUCCGCAUCCGUCAGACCUUUGGAGCUAUCGAGGUGUUCCAUUCUGGACCAGCCAAGAUCUUGCAGCUUCCAUUUUACAAAACAUCACUCACAAAAGCCGAAGCUAGGUCCUGGCGACGACCUGCGCUGCAAUUUCCUGUGGGGGUUACUUUAACAUUCUCGAAACUCAAAUCGAACCCCACCGCCACCGUGAGCUCAAAGAAAAAGCAGAUACUGGCAGAUCCAUCAGAACGGUUCAAAUCGACCAAGGAUCUGACUAUGACAGAAAAGGGGCCAUUUGUACUGUUGGAGUUCUCGGAAGAAUACCCACCCAUCAUGAGUGGGUAUGGCAUGGGGACUACCAUCGUGAAUUACUAUCGAAAGCAAGAUGAUAAAGAUGAGCAUGUACCCAAACUCGAACUUGGCCAACCGUCAAUACUCAACGUCGGAGACGCCGAACCGUUCCUCCUCGGAUACGUGGAUCGAGGACGAGUCACUCAAGUCAUUCACAACAACUUGAUUCGCGCUCCUAUCUUCCGCCAUCAACCCGAGACCACUGACUUCUUGAUGAUCCGUCAAACGAUCGAUGGACAUUCGACGUAUCAUCUCCGUUCCAUACCUCAUCUAUAUACCGUCGGUCAAACAGUGCCCAAUGAGAGCGAGGUUCCCGGUCCUCAUGCGAGAAAGAAUACCAAUACGGCUAAACUUCGACUGCAGAUCAUCGCUUGGUUAUUGCUUGAUAAAAGCAAGACCGGCCGUUUGAAGCUGAGCAAGUUGAAUAAGUAUUUCCCGGAUCAGACUGAGCUUAAAAUGCGUCAACGUCUGAACAUCAAAGGGAAUGAAUUCCUCGACUACGCUAGAGGGACCGCUCCCAACCAAGGUCACUGGAAGUUGUCCGACACUUACGACUUUCCCAAAGAUCGGAAAGUGGUCCAAUUAUUGUGUACCCCUGAAGCUGCCAUGUUGUACGAAGCGAUGCUUGUGGGACAACGACAUCUAUACGAUGCCGGAUAUGCCAAGACCGCAGAAGGAAACGCCUCGGAAGAGUUUGAUGACGAAGCUGGUUUAGAUAUCGAACAACAAUUGGCGGUAUGGUCCACAACGCUGAAUUACAAGAAAGCGGAAGCUCAGAAAGCGUGGUUGAUUGUUCAUGGUGAAGGUGAUCCUACCGGUCGGGGAGAAGGAUUUAGCUUCAUCAGGACCAAUAUGAAAUCGUAUUUCCUUCGAGCUGGUGAGACUGAACAAGGCCGUCGACUCGAAGCUCAAAGAGCCGCACCGGCAGGUUCCGUCAUCAAGAUCUCAAAUGCCGAACAGGGAAGGAUAUACGAAGAAGAAAAACGUAGAGUUUGGGAUUUACAAUGUCGCGCUUUGAGCAAUCCUAUAUCACCCACUGUGACAGCGGAAGAUGAAGCGAAAACACAAGUCCAGCCUCAUCCGCCUGUAGGAUUUGGUCCGAGAUUUGUCAGGACCGAUAGUAGACGAGCGUUUUCAAGAGGAGAAUCUAUGACUGCUACACCUAUGCAUGUGGACAGUCCGAGGGAUAUGUCUCCUUCGGCACAUUCGAUGGAUGAGAGUACAUUCACUGGGAAUCCAAGUGCAGGUAAGGUGAUGAGAAUUAGUCGAUUGGUAAAAGGAAAAUUACAACAUGAAAUCGUUCGAGAUCCAGCUGUGAUUCAAGCGUAUCUGCGUAGAGUAGAGGAUAAGAAAUUGGAUGACUAUCAAAGACAAGCAGAACAAUUACGUCCUUCUGGUGAUGCGGCAGAGGACGAGUUGAAGAAAGCAGCGAUGAUGCGUGAGAUUGAAAGAUUGAAGAAGAAUCAACAACGUCGAAUGGCUAGAAAGAAAUAUAGUGCUAGAGAGUUAGAACCUGUCGAAGGGGAUGUAGAAGGGGUGAGUUCUGAUGGACAGAAACGUAAAUGUGGUGCUUGCGGUCAAAUAGGUCAUACCAAGGCCAAUCGAAAUUGUCCAAUGUUCAACAUGACCACUUCUAAUCGGUCACCUGCGAGUUCUACACCACAGGCAGCUACACCAGCAUACGAUUAUUUCUCAGCACCUACUACGUCCGGAGAAGGGUUACAGACUCCCAGUACGAGUUUCAAAAUACGAUUAGGAGGUGGGAAGUGA